CCCGGCUGGUUCUGGUCUGGAGUCGGAAGCUUGGGAGCCCCUGACCCGGGCGAACGGCAGCGAGUGUUCUUACAGACUACUAUGGAAAAGAAAAAAGGAAACUAGGAGAUUUUCUUAUCAGUUUUCCUUCCAACAUAGUGAUCCUGUGACUUUCCUUCUAUAUUUCAAGAUAUUACUUUCUAAAAGAUUUUCAUGGUGACAAUUGGCACCUCUGGGACCCAAGUGAGGACCUCCAGUCUCUGGGACUGCCUCCCAGAAGAAUUCUUCUUGAAGGUCUUUCCCAGAGGAUGGGCUCCCAUCUUGGACCUAACCCAAAUUUUUUCUGAACCAAGGAAUACAGACCCACACGGUCACAUUACUAGCUGGUUGCAUUCUGUUCAGUAGCUCACUCUGGCAAGAAUGGUCUGUGUUUCAAAUUGCGGACGCAUGAGAAGAUUCUGUAAUUGAAAAGCAAUUCUUCCUGCUGCUGGAAAAUGUUACAGAAGUGAUACCUACCAAAUUUCGAUGCAAACUAUCCAAACAGGAACAAAUGUAGGGGAAGCUUAGCCUUGCUUGUGGAUUGAAUGCGUUCAAGUGAUUAGCUUUCCAGCCCCCCCCCCGACAGGAGCAAAUACUAUUGGAGCACUGAAUUGGGACUUUGUAUGCUGAAUCCUGGCUUGAUCUCUAUACAAUUGUGUGUAUGUUGUUGGAACUGGCUGGCCAACCGGCCCUGAAACCAGCAGGUGCUAUCUAUAUGGAGAAAAGCGGCUGUAGCCCAUUUCCAAUAUGUUGGGCUAAAGAAUAUGACAGAUACCUAGCAUCUAGCAAAACCAUGGCAGCUGCUUACCUUGAUCCAAACUUGAAUCACGCCCCAACUUCAAGUACAAAGACACACCUCAGUACUGGGAUGGAGCGUUCUCCUGGGGCAAUGGAGCGAGUAUUAAAAGUCUUUCAUUAUUUCGAAAACAGUAGUGAGCCAACCACAUGGGCCAGUAUUAUCAGGCAUGGAGAUGCCACUGAUGUUAGGGGCAUCAUUCAGAAGAUAGUGGACAGUCACAAAGUAAAGCAUGUGGCCUGUUACGGAUUUCGACUCAGUCAUCUUCGUUCGGAGGAAGUUCACUGGCUACAUUUGGAUAUGGGUGUUUCCAAUGUGAGGGAAAAAUAUGAACUAGCCCACCCACCGGAGGAGUGGAAAUAUGAGUUGAGAAUUCGUUACUUGCCAAAAGGAUUUCUGAACCAGUUUACAGAAGACAAGCCAACUUUGAAUUUCUUUUAUCAGCAGGUGAAAAACGACUAUAUGUUAGAAAUAGCUGAUCAAGUGGACCAGGAAAUUGCUUUGAAGUUGGGUUGCCUUGAAAUACGGAGAUCCUACUGGGAGAUGAGGGGAAAUGCCCUAGAGAAGAAAUCUAACUAUGAAGUAUUAGAAAAGGAUGUUGGUUUAAAGAGAUUUUUUCCUAAGAGUUUGCUGGAAUCUGUCAAGGCCAAAACACUCCGAAAACUGAUACAGCAAACAUUUCGUCAAUUUGCCAAUCUUAAUAGAGAAGAAAGUAUUCUAAAAUUCUUUGAGAUUCUCUCUCCUGUAUACAGAUUUGAUAAAGAAUGCUUCAAAUGUGCUCUUGGGUCAAGCUGGAUCAUUUCUGUGGAGCUGGCAAUUGGCCCAGAAGAAGGCAUCAGUUACCUUACAGACAAGGGCUCCAAUCCUACACAUCUUGCAGACUUCAAUCAAGUUCAGACCAUUCAGUAUUCAAACAGUGAUGACAAAGACAGAAAAGGAAUGCUGCAACUCAAAAUAGCAGGAGCACCUGAGCCUCUCACAGUGACAGCCCCAUCUUUAACCAUUGCAGAGAAUAUGGCUGACUUAAUAGAUGGAUAUUGCCGACUAGUUAAUGGAGCCACACAAUCUUUUAUCAUUAGACCCCAGAAAGAAGGUGAACGAGCCUUACCAUCCAUACCAAAGCUAGCCAACAAUGAGAAGCAAGGAGUAAGGACACAUACAGUCUCUGUAUCAGAUGAAAUUAGUGGGGACGAAACAGAUGACUAUGCUGAGAUUAUAGAUGAAGAAGAUACUUAUACAAUGCCCUCAAAAAGCUAUGGAAUAGAUGAAGCCAGGGAUUAUGAGAUACAAAGAGAAAGGAUAGAACUUGGACGCUGUAUUGGAGAAGGCCAGUUUGGAGAUGUGCAUCAAGGAGUUUACAUGAGUCCUGAGAAUCCAGCAAUGGCAGUUGCAAUUAAAACAUGUAAAAACUGUACCUCAGACAGUGUGAGAGAAAAAUUUCUUCAAGAAGCCUUAACAAUGCGUCAGUUUGACCAUCCACAUAUUGUGAAGUUGAUUGGAGUUAUAACAGAAAAUCCUGUCUGGAUAAUCAUGGAGCUCUGCACACUAGGGGAGCUGAGGUCAUUUCUACAAGUGAGAAAAUACAGUUUGGAUCUGGCAUCUUUGAUUCUAUAUGCUUACCAGCUUAGUACAGCCCUUGCCUACCUAGAAAGUAAAAGAUUUGUGCAUAGGGAUAUUGCUGCUAGAAAUGUGCUGGUAUCAUCAGCUGACUGUGUAAAAUUAGGAGAUUUUGGUUUGUCUCGAUAUAUGGAAGAUAGUACUUACUACAAAGCUUCCAAAGGAAAAUUACCUAUUAAAUGGAUGGCUCCAGAGUCAAUCAACUUUAGACGUUUUACCUCAGCGAGUGAUGUGUGGAUGUUUGGUGUAUGCAUGUGGGAAAUUUUGAUGCAUGGUGUAAAGCCUUUCCAAGGAGUGAAGAACAAUGAUGUAAUUGGUCGAAUUGAGAAUGGUGAACGGUUACCAAUGCCUCCAAAUUGCCCUCCUACCCUCUACAGCCUUAUGACAAAAUGCUGGGCAUAUGAUCCCAGCAGACGACCCAGGUUUACUGAACUCAAAGCACAGCUCAGUACAAUACUGGAGGAGGAGAAGCUUCAGCAAGAAGAACGAAUGAGAAUGGAAUCAAGAAGACAGGUCACUGUGUCCUGGGAUUCAGGAGGCUCAGACGAAGCUCCUCCCAAGCCCAGCCGACCUGGUUAUCCUAGUCCAAGAUCCAGUGAAGGCUUUUAUCCUAGUCCACAACAUAUGGUACAAGCCAAUCAUUACCAGGUCUCUGGCUAUCCUGGUUCUCAUGGAAUAACAGCCAUGGCUGGUAGCAUUUAUCCUGGUCAGGCAUCUCUGUUGGAUCAAACAGAGUCUUGGAACCAUCGACCUCAAGAGGUAUCAAUGUGGCAGCCCAACAUGGAGGACUCUACCACAUUGGACAUGAGGGGAUUAAGCCAAGUCCUUCCAGCACAUCUUAUGGAAGAGAGGUUGAUACGGCAGCAGCAAGAAAUGGAAGAAGAUCAACGUUGGCUUGAGAAGGAGGAAAGAUUUUUGAAACCUGAUGUGAGGCUCUCUCGAGGCAGCAUUGACAGAGAAGAUGGAAGUCUUCAGGGUCCGACUGGUAACCAGCACAUAUAUCAGCCUGUGGGUAAGCCAGAUCAUGCCGCUCCACCAAAGAAACCCCCUCGCCCAGGAGCACCCAGCCAUCUGGGAAGCCUCGCCAGCCUCAGCAGCCCCGUGGAUAGCUAUAAUGAGGGAGUGAAGCUGCAGCCCCAGGAAAUCAGCCCCCCUCCUACUGCCAAUCUGGACCGCUCCAAUGACAAAGUCUAUGAGAAUGUAACUGGCCUGGUGAAAGCUGUAAUAGAAAUGUCCAGCAAAAUCCAGCCCGCGCCUCCAGAGGAAUAUGUUCCUAUGGUAAAGGAAGUUGGUUUGGCCCUAAGAACAUUGCUAGCAACAGUGGAUGAAACCAUUCCUGUGCUCCCAGCAAGCACUCACAGAGAGAUUGAGAUGGCCCAAAAGCUGCUGAACUCGGACUUGGGUGAGCUGAUCAACAAGAUGAAACUGGCCCAACAAUACGUCAUGACCAGCCUCCAGCAGGAAUACAAAAAGCAAAUGCUCACUGCCGCCCACGCGCUGGCCGUAGAUGCCAAAAACUUACUAGACGUCAUUGAUCAAGCCAGACUGAAAAUGCUGGGCCAGGCCAGGCCGCACUGAGAGCAUUAAUGAGCCUCGUCUCCGUCUCACUCUUUGAAGAUGUUGUCCAGCCUUCCACCAGCAGCGAAGAUGAAUCCUGUGUGUUCCUUGGGUUGCCACCAACUCCUGCUCCGUCUUGUAGAAUGACAGCUGGUAGAAAACUGUUGCUCAAUUCAAGUUUAACCGUGGAAUUUUUUUCUUUUUUCUUUUUUUUUCCUUUUUCUUUUUGAUCAUGAUGUUCAAAUGUCCUGGGAUCCAGAAAUGGGACUUUUUGAGAAUGAAGUUUAUACAGCAGAAGCUGGUAAGACUCACAAAGAACAGUUUCAUUUUCCAUACCAUUCUAGAGGAUGUGUGUGGCCCAGAGGGGUCGAGGGAUUAAAAUUUUAUAGCUUGGCCUGUACAAGCUGUAGAUUGGAAAAAAGAAAAAAAGAAAAAGUAUUGUCAAGUGGAGAAUUCUGGGAAACCCAAAGGGCUGAGAAUUCUUUUGCCUACAGUACAGAUAUUAUCCAGACUGGAAUUUUUAAAAUUGAAAUACUUUAAGUUGCAAUAUGUUAAUCCCAAUUUACAGAGAAAGAAAAUCAAAGCUAUAUUUUGAAGACUUCAGUCAUUUCAGAACAAACUAAAGUUCUUUCCAUCUUUCCUGCCUUUUCCUUUCAUGUGGAUGUGUGAAGCAUUUGGUCGGAAAGUAGCUAUAGAACACAACUGAAAAAACUCUUCUCUUUUUUCACCAGAAUAAUGUGCCAGUUUUUUGUAGCAAUGUUAUUUUCCAUGAAAGCAGAAAUGCUGCUUUGUACCAGAGCACACUUAAAGUGCAUUUGGAAAAGAGGUUCUGUACCCAUCCCUGUUCCCCAUUUUUAUAUAAUUUAUAAAGAAAGAUUAAAGCCAUGUUGAAUAUUUUAAAAAGCCGCUGUAGUUAACUAACCCAUCAUUGUGUGUCCUCCUUCUGGGGAAAGCACUCCCAUAGAGUGGUUGUGUUUUCCUUUGUUUUCGAGUUAUUCCAUCCUUUCUGUUAAAUAAUAAUGAAAAAACACACUCCCUUUAGUUUGUUGGGGGAAAUAAAUUAUUCUCAGGAAGAAUAUAAUGAACUGUACAGUUACUUUGACCUAUUAAAAAGGUGUUACCAGUGAA